UCGCGCUCGCUUCUCCUCUCGCUCUCUCUCUCUCUCUCUCUCUCUCCCACUCUCGCUCGCGUGCAGCGUUGCCAUGCUCGGUCGAUUAGUUGCGAGGAGAACAGCAACCAAAGCUCUCCUACAAUGCCCCAAAACCAUCCCACUGCCCGUCUCCGCAGCUCGGUGCUUCGGGACCGGCGGCGGAGAUGCCUCCUCCUCUCAGGAGCGACUCGCCCUCGACAUGAUCCGCUACGCCCUCGGCCACGCCAGAUCCCAGAAAUCAGGUGAUUCGUAUGCCCACGCGAUGCUGGUUCUGGAGCAAGGGUUGUCCAAUUUGAGGGGAGUUGUCGGAGCCGGAGGAGCUGUGGAUGGGGCUGGUUCGAGCGACAACGCCAUGGUCAUGCUCAUGCUCGCCAUGUCCACUUUGCACUAUGAGAGAGGGGAGCUUCGAGAUGCUGCCGAGAAGCUCGAGAUGGUUGGCCAGUUGGGGCGAGCCUCCUUGGAUCUCAGAGUUGCAGCUUGGGAGAGUCGGGUAGGGUUAAACUUGGAGACAAGUGAGGAUGUCACUUCAAAGCUGGUCGAAGAUGAUUGUUCCCGUUUGCUAAGAACCAGCACAGAGAGUGGUUUACCUGUGUCGGAGGUCACCAAACUUCGUGCUAAAUACAUUAAGGGUCUUGUUGAUCUUGUAAACGGGGAUGUCAAAUCAGCGGAGUUAUCUUUUGGUGGUUCUAAGGACUGUGGCCUGGAAGAAGGAAAUGGCCUUCUUUCUCGAGGGGAAUUUUCACAUUGCACUGGGAAUUUCUCAUUUGCAAAAGAGUUAUAUGAGAAAGCACUCUUGACUUCCGAAGCCAGAGAUACUUCCAGCAUUACUUAUCUAGCUGCUGCUAAUAUGGUUCCCGAAGAAGUUAUAAUCGGAGCUACCUGUGCCUUGGGGCAGCUUUUAUCUCAUUCAGGGAAAUUUGAAGAGGCAGAAGAACUGCUGACAAAGGCUCUUGUUAAGGCUGAAGAACACUUUGGUUCAACUCAUCCAAAGGUUGGUGUUGUGUUGACUUGCAUAGCCAUCAUGUAUAAACAUAAGGCACAGAUGGAAGCAUCGAGUUCUAUACUGAUCCAGGAGGGACUAUAUAGGAAGGCCACAGAUUUGCUCAAAGCCCCCUCCUUGGAUGGUGAAGUUGAUGUGCAGGUAGAUGGAUGUGACAUAGUCGCCCUAGCAAGAGGUGGAUAUGCAGAUCUGUUAUGCAUUCAACAAAACAGAAAGCAAGAAGGGGAGCGAAUGAAGAAGUGGGCUGAGUCUAUGUGGAGGAACCGACGAUUAUCUCUUGCAGAAGCCCUGGAAUUUUCUGAGCCUUCAAAAUCUGCAGUUGUCGACACCCGAAUAUGCCGAGUCCUGUAGAUCAGCAAAGCUUAUAGGCUAUCUAAAAUGAAGAAGUCACUACUGGAUAAAAUUUCAGUAAAAGAUCCAGUGCAGUUGACCCCCUAUAUCAUACUGUCAGUUUCAAGGACGAUGACCAUUGCCCCUCUAAAAUGGAGAAGUCACUACUAAAUAAUGAUUCAUCGUGUUUUUUAUAUUCUCACGGUGACAGACAUCAUCAGAAAUUGCGUAUCAUGACGACUUUUGUAUGUGAUAAUGUGGUGGAUUUUGGAAAUUUCUGCUACGAGUAUGAAACUGAGAUACACUGUAGUUGUGA